AUGGCGAUCGGCUCCAAUGAAAACCCUUUCCGGAUGAGCAAGGUAGACUUGGCGAGUCGAAUUAGAGCUAAGGAUUUAAGUAUUCAAGACCAAAAGUACGCUUUUGGUGAAGGGGGAAAAGGAUUGGAUGUCCUCACGCGAGCAUUCCAUGCUUCGGAUAUGGAACUUUGCCAGUCCAAAACACUUGACACCGCAAUCCAGAAAUACAGCGGCGGCAUUGUGAAUACAGGUACUUUCGAGACUGCGGAUCGAAACAAGUGCCUUUCUGCCUUGAUACGCCAUGUUUGGUCAGUUUCUGGAUGGAUGGAGGCUUAUUGUUGCCUUGCUGAGGCGGCUCCGGAGAUGGGAAUGACUCCGAGGCUUAUGGCGGAUGUGAAAACUGGGAUGUACUGGUACCCACAGCUUCGUGUCGCUCGUCGAAAGCGACCAGUAAUUGAUGUUCGUAUGACAAUCGUUGCAUCACCCGAGAACGACUCCCUGGACCAUCUUGGCCCCAAAACUGCCGGUGGCCAAGCGUGGAGAGAAAGUGAAGAAUUUGCAGAAGUUCUUCAACGACCGCGUUGGAAUGAUCCUGGAUAUACCAAAGGAGUCAGUCCAUGCAUAUCUCUGGGGUGGCUUGGUAUACAAGUGGGCGCUGUACUCCCUGAACACGUCGGGAUUGCCACGACACUCUUAGCAAUGAACUGGGUGGACUAUGAUCUAGAUUUUGGUGAACACAAUGCCCAGGGUUUCCAGAACGGCCUCGACACCGCUGCCAAACAUGCUUGUAUGCCGGGAACUGAAAUGCAGUCUGUGGCUAUCGGUGCUAUGAUCAGUUAUGAUGUCCAAGUUCGCGCACGCAGCAUUCAGCAGACCUGGGCAGAUAAGAACCAAGGAUCCUUUAUUCCAGGGCCAGAGCAGGUGCCUCCUAGAGAUUGGGUCUCGCUUUUGGUCGCCGACUGUGCUGCCAUAUCCCCGUUCCAACACAAUCCAAAACCGAAAGACUAUGACGCCAGCCGGCUAGGCAUGUUUGCUGCCAUGAUCAUGUUUGGUCUUUACGAUGUUAUUUAUGAUCAAGGUUGUUCGAAUAGACUGACAUCUCCCCAAUACGCUGAAGCGGCCGGUGUGGCACAGUACGGAAUACAUGCUGUCAUGGCGAUCGGGCUUUAUGAAAAGAUCGGCGAAUAUAUGCUUGAUAGAUUUCGAUCCAAGCCCGAAGAAAGAAUGAUCUUCGGCUACGCAUCCGAUAUGAUCACUGGCACAUUCGACACAUUCAACACUCGAUAUCGGUCGUGGGAACGAAUCGUCAAGUACAUGCGCCAAUUACAACAGUCCAAGGCCAUCGAAGCAAAAGCUCUACUGGAAUUGAUCCACGGUGAUUUCGUGCUCAGAGACUGCACUCUUGAAGAAGACGCGGACGACGUGUGGACCAGGGCAAUGGAAUCUGGUCUGCAAGACCUUCGAAAGCGGCACACCGUCAAGUACUUUAUCCCUUCCAAAACGACUGAACUAUUUUCUACUCCUGGUGUGCCGAUUCCCGAAGUUUGCAAAAAUUGCAAAGUGAGAUUCGACGCUGUGAUGCGAAGUCCAGAGUUGGAGGAAGUUCGCGCCAUUCCUGGUUUGCCAGAGAUUGUCACGCUCGACAGAGCUGCAGGCCUUGCCGCAGGUAUUCGCCGAGCCUGCUUAUGGGCAUUAACUGACGACUGCUGCAUCCGAUGUGCGUGUAGAAUCGGCUCUUGGGCAGACAAGGUUUCUUAUAGUGUGCUCAGCGCGAGGACAUAUGACGAGGCAACAACUGGUGCUGAUUUGUGGCAACUGCAAAAUUACUUCAUUGGCACAAUUACCUAUUGGCCUAUUUGCAUCCCUGUCCUCAUAUCAUGCUUUGAUCUGUUGGUGGAUCUGACUAUUGAACCUGGAGCUAUGGGCCACCGCGACGUCGUGGACAUAUGA